AUAGCAAAAAAGAAAACAUAUUUACGUUACAAUAAUUUACAAAUACUUAUUAAUUUUACCCAUGGAAGCACUUAACGAUGACUGUGUGUGUUACAUACUCGAGUUCCUGCCCCUCGUGGAACAGAUAAAGAUGGCCCGGCUAGCGCCGAGGUUCCAGGAGCUGCUCUGCCUGAUUGUGUGGCGAAAACCCCGGUACCGGAAGGUGUCCGUAUCCGAUUCCAUGCUGGAGCCCCUGAGCAAGGAGGAUUACGUCUUCUUCUUUGAGCUAACCAGUGCGGCAAUGGAGGAGCUGUACAUUUGGAACGUGCACAAGAAGGCCUUCGACACGUACCUGGGUCGCCACCUCAUGAGACCGGAACUGGCCUUCUACCUGCGCCGGGACUACAGCAACCUGCGGGAGCUGUGCAUCGCGGACGAGAGUAUGAACAACAGUAUGAUAAACACGAUUGCCAAGAGCUGCAGCCAGCUGCGCAGCUUGAGCGUUUCCAGUGCCUAUAUCACCGGAAAGCACAUCGUGAGUCUGACCAAACUGGAGUCGUUGGUGGCUCCUGAAUGCUCCGUAGAGCUAUCCUACCUGGCCGAGCUGCUGGAACGCCUGCCGCUCAAGCACCUGGAUCUUACCUGCAACCGGCAUCCCGUUGAGGCGACCAUUCUGCAGGCGGAAGGCAGUAAACGCUUGGAGCGCCUGGGACUAUCCGAUGCCCAGGAUUAUGGAUUUCCGCUGGCCGAUAGCUUGCCCCAGCUGACAACGCUGGUGGUCAGCUAUCACAAGGUGAGCCCAAAGGAUCAACUGGACAUGCUAGAGACGACACGCAAGCGGGUGGAAGGAUAUGCAGGCAAGUUCCCUAAGCGUCUGCAAUCGAUCCUCUGCAAUGUGGUGGACGUUGAGGUGGCCCUCGAGCAGAUCGCCGGCCUUGAGAAGCGCCAGCCAAGGGAGUCGCCAAAGUUCAGUGAGCUGCUUAAGAUUAUGUAUUUCUUGUCGAACGCGCAGAGCGCUGAUAAGAGCUCACCUUGAGAUUAUGCUCCUAGUUUGCCCCCUUGACAUGUACAUAAAUAGCUAUUGUUGUCACCCAACUGACAACCAGUGGAAGUGAUAUAUUUAUCUGCUAGCUAGUAGCUUCUCCCUAGGGUAAUUAUGUGCGGUCGCAGAUAGCGUUGUUUGGACUGGUAUCUCUUGUUUACCUAUAUUUUUUUGGCGUCUUGUUUAAACUAAAGUAUAUUGUAACAGUUGUUGGAAAGUUGCGCCGAAUAACUGUUUAUUUUACACUUAACCGAGGGUAUACAGCUUUUUAAAAGAAACGUAAUUUAAAGUAAUCCAUAAAAAUGAAUUCUAUGUGAACGUUAAGUGAUGAAUUACCGUGGGAAAACCACACGCCUGUCCGAUUAUUGUCCGCUUUUAAACGCCACAAUUCGUCCAGUUUUUAUUUAAUAUAAAUUUUAAUUUUGUAUAAUUUUUAGA